UUCAUUCAAACCACUGCCUCAAACAAACAUCACACUGUUACAACUUACCAUUGCCACCUUCACUUUAUUCAAGCUUCACAUACACCUCAAUCUGAUCAUACUAAAAUGGCACUUUCCCCAUUAACCUUCACAACCCCAAGACCUCAAGCUUCCCAAAUUUUCUCCCCCAAGUUAUCUUCCACUGUUAAACCCACAUCUACUUCUUCUUCUUCUUCUUCUUCUUCUUCUUCAGUUUCUGCUACUAAGAAGGCAAUAUCUAACAUGGGCAUUGGCCUUCUUGCUGCUUCGGUUUUGGCUCUUUCGCCCUUGGAUGCAAACGCUACCAGAAUUGAAUACUAUGCCACUGUUGGAGAACCCCUUUGCGAGUUCAACUAUGUGCCUUCCGGGCUUGGCUAUUGCGACAUCGCCGUCGGAUCCGGUGAGGAAGUUCCUUAUGGUGAGCUUAUCAAUGUUCACUACACUGCAAGGUUUGCUGAUGGGAUAGUGUUUGACAGUAGCUACAAGCGUGGUAGAUAUCUCACCAUGCGUAUUGGUGUUGGCAAGGUAAUAAGAGGAUUGGAUCAGGGAAUAUUAGGGGGUGAAGGAGUACCACCAAUGCUAGUAGGUGGCAAACGUAAGCUUCAGAUUCCUCCACAUUUAGCGUAUGGACCAGAACCAGCAGGCUGUUUUUCAGGUGAUUGCAAUAUACCUGGAAAUGCAACUCUUGUGUAUGAUAUAAAUUUCGUUGGAGUCUACUCAGGAAAUAGGAAGUGAUGGAAACAAUACCCAAUUUCCUACAAAAUUCUUGUAGAUAGACAACACAGAUAGAAUCACAACAAUUAUCUCAGUAGUGUCUCAGAUUCCAUUUCAUGCUUCCUGCUUCAUCUAUUGUUCAUCAUACACUUUUUCCCUCUUGGUUUCCCAGAACUUAAGUUGAAGCUAAACCACGAGCCAAAAGAAGUGCAUUUCUCUCUGGAUUUUCCAAGUAUGUGGAACUCAAGCUUGACUCUUAAGGCAGAAUACUUGGUUUUCUCCAACUAACCACCAGCAGGACUGGCAAUCCUUUUUAGGUGAAAAUCCAGCUAGGCAUGGUUGAAAUUGCUCAAUUCAAACGUAAUUGACCAAAACUAUGUAUUUGGUUGUUUUACAAGAUUAUGACUGUAUUUCUAUGCACGGAUACUAUUAUACUUUGUAAAAGCACGUCUUGUUUCUGAGUACUUCAGUAACUUUAUGCAAAUGGAAUCUAAUGACCGCAUUUUCUUUGAACA